AUGGCCAUGGUUUUGGACAUUGAGGCACUGCGGUGUUCCCUUCAGAACAAGCCGUUCUGCACUAAGGAAAAGUCGCUUCUCCAGAUGAUCCGGCAGUUUGAGGCCAUCCAACUUCAACAGCAAGACCUGCUUGAGACAGCGAAAGGCCUUAUGACAUUCAAACUCAAGGUUGCUUUCUCAGAAGAAAGACGCGAAGUCAGAGAAAUCACCGUGGAGGCCACGCCCUUCGACACAGUCUCGGCCGUUAUCGAGCGGGUUGCAAGUGGUCUUGAAGUUGGCUCGAGACGGCUCAGCAUCACCAAGGACGGCCAAGACUUGCCGAAGGAGGGGACUCUUUCAUCACUCGGGAUCUCAGAAAGCACCAAGCUCGAAUGCAAGCCCUAUUGCAUGCCCGGAAGGUAUCAAAUCUUCGUGAAGAGACUCACGGGCAAAACGCUGACCUUGGAUGUAGAAGGAAGUGACACCGUGGCCGAUCUUAAAGCACAGAUUCAGGACCAGGAAGGCAUCCCUCCCGAUCAGCAGCGCUUGAUUUUCGCCGGGAAGCAGCUUGAGGACGACCGGAGUUUGUCAGUUUACGGCCUUCAGGAAGAGUCCACUGUGCACCUCGUCGUGCGUUUGAAGAAAGUAACUGUGCCUCGUCCAGCGAUCGGCAUCUCACAAGGCUCCGUGCUCGAGUGCGGGCAUGGCAAGAUCGACUGCAUGCAGUUAUUCGUGCAGACUCUCACGGGCAAGACGUUGACCUUGGGCGUAGAAAUGAACGACACCAUCGACAACUUGAGAGCAAAGAUUCAAGACAAAGAGGGCAUCCCUCCCGACCAGCAGCGUUUGAUUUUCGCUGGCAUGCAGCUAGAAGACGGACGCACUUUAUCGGACUACGGCAUCCAAAAGGAAGACACCUUACACCUCAUCUUACGUCUACGUGGGGGCAUGUACGAUCCGAUCUCCGGCCGCCAAGGCUUCGAGGUGCUCUCGGACAAAAUCGUCUUCGAGGAUGGGGACUCAUGGAAAUUCGAUGGGAGUUCGGAGAGCCUCAAGUUCUAUAGCCAUGGAAAGCGAGAGACGGUGUCGUUUUCUUCGAAGGAAGAGAUGGUGAGCUACCUGGAGUCGUCUCGCGUGGAGUUUCUCCUUCGUCGGUUGGAACAGGUUCAGAGCAGCAGCCAGGAACUCGAGAAGGAAGCCGGUCUGUGGAUGUCCAGAGCAGUGUCUGGCAGCGUCGGAUACAGUGUAGACAUCCAGGAUACGAUGGAUGAUUAG